CCUGAGACUCUUCCACGUCCGACACUAAUUACCAUCCUUUGCAUCCUUUGCAUCGAGCCAUGAACUUCGAGGACGUCGAGGAACGCGAUGGCGUUCGUUUGUCUUGGAACGUUUGGCCUUCGUCCAGGAUAGAGGCGACCCGCACAGUUGUGCCCAUUUCAGCCCUCUACGCACCCCUCAAACCUCGAGAAGACCUCCCGGAGAUAUUGUAUGAGCCUGUGACCUGCAAGCCGCCGUGUCGUGCGGUCUUGAACCCCUACUGCCAGAUUGAUAUUCGCGGAAAGUUGUGGAUCUGUCCCUUCUGCUUGCAGCGCAAUGCCUUCCCUCCUCACUACAAAGACAUCUCCAACACAAAUCUCCCCUCCGAACUGCUGCCCAAGUUCACCACCAUCGAAUACACUCUCUCGCGCGGCGCCGCAGUACCACCCACCUUCCUGUUCGUUGUCGACACCUGUGUGGACGAGGAUGAAUUCAAGGCUCUCCGCGACUCCCUCGUUGUCAGUCUCAGCCUACUCCCCCCUUACGCCCUAGUGGGGCUGAUCACUUUCGGUACUAUGGCGCAAGUACACGAGUUGGGAUAUGCAGAAUGCAGCAAGUCGUAUGUGUUCCGCGGAGGCAAGGAGUACACGCCGAAGCAGAUCCAGGACAUGCUCGGGCUGAGCUCCCAAAACCGCGCCGCGCCGCGUCCAGGGCAGCCCAUGCCCCCUCAAACCUUCGGCGCUGCGCGAUUCCUCAUGCCUGUGCAGCAGUGCGAGUUCCAGCUAACGGGUAUUUUGGAAGCACUUGCGCGCGACCCAUGGCCGGUGGCAAACGACAAGCGUGCGCUCCGUUGCACUGGAGUUGCCGUCAGCGUCGCCGUGGGUCUUCUCGAGACGACCUUCCCGAACACCGGUGCGCGGAUCAUGGUGUUCGCUGGAGGCCCAGCGACGGAAGGCCCGGGUCUAGUCGUCAGCAACGAGCUGAAGGAACCUAUUCGGUCUCACCACGACAUCGACCGAGACAGCGCCAAGCACUUCAAGCGAGCCUCGAAGUACUAUGAAGCACUUGCGAAACGGGCAUCGAACAACGGGCAUGUGAUCGACCUCUUUGCUGGGUGUCUAGAUCAGGUUGGCCUGCUGGAGAUGAAGUCCAUGCCUAACUCAACGAACGGCGUCAUCGUGCUGUCCGAUUCGUUUGCGACGUCGAUCUUCAAGCAGAGCUUCCUUCGUAUGUUCAAUAAGGAUGCCAACAACUUCCUUGAGAUGGGCUUCAACGCGACGUUUGACGUGCAGACCACCAAAGAGCUGAAGGUCUCUGGUAUGAUCGGUCACGGUAUCUCAGCGGCGAAGAAGUCACCAUGUGUGGGUGAGACCGAGAUCGGUAUCGGCCAAACCUCUGCGUGGAAGAUCAACGCUAUCGACCCGCGGACUGCCGCGGGUGUCUACUUCGAGGUUGUCACGCCCGCUGGUCAACCCUUGCAGCCCGGCUCGCGGGGCCUAAUCCAGUUCGUGACGCACUAUCAGCACUCGAGCGGGAAGAACCGGCUGCGCGUUACGACAAUUGCGCGCAACUUCGCGGAGGCGGGCUCGCCGACGAUCGCGGCGUCGUUCGACCAGGAGGCCGCGGCGGUACUGAUGGCGCGCAUCGCUGUCUUCAAGGCGGAGAUUGACGACUCGCCGGACGUGUUGCGCUGGCUCGAUCGUAUGCUUAUCCGGCUGUGCCAGAAGUUCGCGGACUACAGGAAGGAGGACCCGACGAGCUUCCGGCUUACGGAUAACUUCAGCAUCUACCCGCAGUUCAUGUUCCACCUUCGGAGGAGUCAGUUCCUGCAGGUGUUCAACAACAGUCCUGACGAGACUGCGUUCUACCGCCAUGUUCUGAAUGAACAGGACGUGAACAACUCUUUGAUCAUGAUUCAGCCAACGCUCAUGUCAUACACGUUCGACACACCACCACAACCCGUGCUGCUGGACAGUGUCUCGAUCAAGCCGGACGUCAUCCUUCUCCUCGAUACCUUCUUCCACAUCCUCAUCUUCCACGGCGAGACAGUCGCCCAGUGGCGGAAGGCAGGAUACCAGGACCAGGAAGGUUACGAGAACUUCAAGGAGUUGCUCGAGGCGCCCGUCCAGGACGCACAGGAACUGCUCGCCGAUCGCUUCCCGAUCCCGCGGUACAUCGUCUGCGACCAGGGCGGCAGUCAGGCGCGCUUCCUUCUGUCGAAGUUGAACCCGUCGACGACGCACAUGUCCGCGAGCAUGUACGGCUCGGCCGCGAGCGCGGGCACGGGGCAGGCGAUCUUCACGGACGACGUGAGCUUGCAGGUUUUCAUGGAGCACUUGAAGCGUCUGGCUGUGGGAGCCCAGACGAAUUGAGAGCGUGGCGCAGAUGUGUAUUUAUGACCUUUGUUCUUGUUCGUUCUAUGAGAAGCAAUGACGUUUAUG